GGAAAAUAACACAUUUUAUGCAAACAUUAUAAUCAAUCAAGAUAUGUUACAAACCCUUUCUGAAAAUGGAUCUGUAUUUGAAAAAUUACAUGCUGUACAUGAUGAUAGUUCAUCAACUAAAGAUACAACUAAUUUAAACAAUA